AUGCCAUCUGCACGAUUCUUUGGUGCGGCCCGAUCAAGAAGUCACACUGUCCUGGUGGCUGCCUUUGCUGCUUCCAAUGGGAGGAAUACGAGGAUUGAAAACAGGCACAAUGAGGCGCAUUUGCUACUCUCAACAGCAUCAUCGCCUAUAAGACAAAGAUGGAACCACCACAAGCAACUGCAAAAACGACCAUUUUCCAUAUUGAUGAUGACAGCCGCAGAUGCGGAUGACGAAUCGGAAGAAUCCACCAAAACUGUGGACAGCGAAUGGGAUAUCAAGGGAUUGAAACAAGAAGUCAACCGUCUCAGUAUGCGAUCCUACAAGAAAAUUGGAAAGGCAUCCACCAGAGUCCAAAAAGCACAGGAAUUGGUGGAAAAGUUGACUGCCGAUGAAAAUGCUACUCUGGAACAGCUGGAGGCAUGUCCCAAUCUGGAUGCCCUGGAAUUGGAAUUGCAAGAAUUGCAGACCGGAUUAAGAGGACUCAAUCAACUGGGCGAAGAAUUGGCUGCUGUGGGGGGACCCAAAAAGCAAGUUUUGCCACAAGAAUUAGCUCAAUUAGCACUGGAUUUGGGAGUCAAUGAUCAACCUCCAGUUCGACAACCGCGGGGACCCAAAAAGGUCAAAGGGCCACGCUCCAAAAAUCCACCCAAGACGAGAUUGCCCUAUCGAAAAUUCUACACACAAGACAAGACUGAGAUUAGGGUUGGAAAACAAGCAGAGGACAAUGAUGAACUUUCACUUCGGCCAGAACACCGUGAUGGAUCCGAUUGGUGGAUGCACGCCUCGGGUUGUCCUGGCAGUCAUGUGGUGCUUCGAUGCAGUGAUGAGAACAUGGACGAAGAAGUGGUACAAGAUGCCGCAGCCCUUGCGGCGCGACAAUCCAAGUGUUCCGGCAACACCAUCAAGGUUUCCAUGACACGAUGUCGGGAUGUCCAAAAGCCAAGGGGGGCCAAAGCAGGGUUAGUGCAGUUGACAGGACGAGUACGGACCAUCACAGUCAAUAUGAAAGAGGCGCAAAAGAGAUUGGAGCGACUGGAUAGUACUGUGGUGAUUAACUAA